AACUUCCAUUUGCCCAUUCCAUCACCUCGGGAUUCGCACCAUCACUCUAAACAAACACACUCUCUCUCAUCCUCCUUCUCACUCAACAAAAGAAGAAGAAGAAGAAGAGAGACAAGUGUGUUUUUUCUCCCUCUGAAAAACUUGAAAUUUUCCCACAGCUUUCUCGCUCUAACCCCACCAAGAUCCCAUCUUUUCACACAUGCCAUUCUCUGAUCCUUCCACCUCGAGAGCCGAUGAUUCAGUUCGUGCAUAGAAAUUGAUGAUUCACUGAAAAAGAUAUAUAUUUAUAUAAUAAUGGUUGAAGCAGUGGAGAGUUCGUUUGGGUAUUCACAGUUGCAGAGCUGUGGGGACAGCAGUGAAGAGGAGCUUUCCGUGUUGCCAAGACAUACAAAGGUGGUUGUGACCGGGAAUAAUAGGACUAAGUCUGUUCUUGUUGGUCUUCAUGGGGUUGUCAAGAAGGCUGUUGGUCUUGGUGGCUGGCAUUGGCUGGUGCUUACUAAUGGCAUAGAGGUAAAGCUGCAAAGAAAUGCUCUGAGUGUCAUUGAAGGUCCUACUGGUGAUGAGCAAGAUGAUGAAAUUGAAUUUGAAAAUGUCCAGUGGAAUGGAUCGGAUAUGGGUGAACUUGCAUCUGAUGAUACUCAGAAGUCUCAGCGGUCAAGGCAUUGCACACACAAAUCAACUGGAUCAUCACAUAAGUUAAUGAGUAGAUCUCGCUCUUGUGACUUGCAGUCCAAGGGAUCGAUGACAAAGGGACCCGAGAAGAUUGAUCUCAGCAAGCUUGAAGUGACUGCCUUGUGGAGAUAUUGGCGACACUUUAACCUUGUGGAUGCAAUUUCCAACCCAACCAAAGAGCAAUUGGUUGAUGUAGUUCAGAGGCAUUUCAUGAUGAUGCAAUUGGAUGAGUUGCAGGUCAUACCAGGGUUUGUGCAGUCUGCUAAGAGAUUGAAGAUGGUGUGCAAAUGACAACCAAGAGCUCGAAGACUAUCUUGUUGUCUGACGCUAACAGAUACUAAUGGAACUUGAAACUAUCCAACCCUCUACAGUAUAUAUUCAGUAUGUGACAAUGUAUAUGCUACAGUUCUACCAAGUUUAGGCGUAUUUGUAGAGUUUAGUAUCCAUGUCUAGUUCUAGUUAUGUAGGUACAUUAUGUGAACUGGGAUUUGACCUUUAAGUUACCUCCGUCUUUUCUCUACCUAAGAUUGGUGGAUGCAAUGCAUUGCUCGACAAGAGGGUUGUUGCUUUAAUUUAAAAUGUAUAGUUGUCUUUA